GGUGGUUGGAGCUGAGGAUGGAGCUAAGCCUGUGUAGCAACCACAGAUCGUUUUUCACGAGGAAGAAGAGCAGAGAGAGUGAGCACAUCGUGUAAAUGUGCGAGCACGGGGAAAAGGAGAAAUCUGUUUAAUGGAGGACGAAAGCGUGAUGUGAUCAACCUGCUUUCUCUGCCGGUGCGUGCGUGUGUGUGUGUAUAUAUAUAUACGUGUGUGUGCGCGUGUUUCACCAUAGGGACGUGUAGAGUCGCUACAGAUUCUCAUUGAUCUCGCCUUUUUUUUAAUGCACAGAAGCUCUGACAGCGUGCGGGUGUGCCAUACAAUCGAGAUUUGCUGUUGAAUGUGCAAUAUGCACGCAGUGAACUCUGUGUAUAUGAAUGCACUGGUGCCUUAUCAGCACACAGGCUGUGUUGCAUAUGAUCUGGCUGCUCGCGACUUCUAAUAUGUAGCGGAUUCCUGUCAGACCAUCGGAGGAUUUGAGAGGACGACAGUGGUUGAACUGGUUGUUACCGGUGCAAUGUGCUACUUGGAGUUUUAAGAGUGAGUUUCUGUCAUGAACUGUGAUUCGCACCGGGUGUCUUGGAGUGAAGAUGUCUGCAAACUUGUUUGGUUUGUCUAAUCUCGGGUGUGAUAACCUUUGGUCUGACAGUCUGGACUGUUCGGGGGGUUUCUUCUUUAUCUCUCAGCUGGACUUCAGCUCAUGCAGAGCACGCUGAUCACACCGUGCAGCCUCUCGCUUAAUCAGCAGUUCCCACUCCAGAGCAGCCUAGUCAGUAGUCUCUGUAUCAGCAUGGGAUGUCAGCUGGGGUCGGGCACAGAAGUGGUAGUUUCCCCCCCCCCUUUUUUUUCUUCCACGUCUGAUAGUUUUUAGGUGGUAACUCGAGAGAACAUACAGCUUUUAUAUCUGAAAUAAGCUGCACCAGUGUUACCGCUCUGCUGUUAUUUGUCAGGGUGAAAAUGAGCGGAUAUUAUUUCCUGCUUUUCGCUGAUAAAAGAUGAUAAAAGCAGAGGACACUCCGCCAGCCGUCUCGGUUUAAUGGUAAAUUGUCUAAUAGUGCUGGCUCGCUGAAAGCCACGCGAGAUCGGGGCUUCUUCUCGCCACGUCACCUGGAAACCACAGGAGCCACGAGGACCCCCUCUGACAGGUGUGAACCCGCACGCGUGCCAUGGAUGAUUCUGGGAUCAUCCGAAGACGGAGGCUACAGAAGGAUCUACCUCUGCCCCGAAAAAGUAGCAGUUGCAGAACCAGUAACCGGAAAAGCCUCAUCCUGACCAGUACAUCCCCCACCCUGCCACGGCCACACUCUCCACUGCCUGGACACAUAGGAAGCAGUCCGUUGGACAGCCCGCGCAACUUCUCACCAAGCGGACCUGCCCACUUUUCCUUCGCUUCUUCUCGAAGGGCUGAUGGUCGUAGAUGGUCCUUGGCUUCUCUGCCUUCCUCAGGAUAUGGCACCAAUACACCCAGUUCAACAUCAUCCAGCUCGUCCCAGGAGCGUCUGCACCAGCUGCCCUUCCAGCCGACCAUGGACGAGCUGCACUUCCUGUCCAAGCACUUUGGCAGCACAGAGAGCAUCACGGAUGAUGACGGGGGCCGACGCUCGCCGCAUGUCCGCCCUCGCUCUCGGAGUCUCAGCCCCGGGCGCUCUCCAUCCUGCUAUGACAAUGAAAUAGUGAUGAUGAACCAUGUCUACAAGGAGCGCUUCCCCAAGGCCACAGCUCAGAUGGAGGAGAGGCUGGCAGAGUUCAUCCACAGCUACUCCCCAGAGAGCGUUCUGCCACUGGCCGACGGGGUCCUCAGCUUCAUCCACCACCAGGUAGCGGAGCUGUCCAGAGAUUGCCUGACCAAAUCACGCGAGGGCCUCAUUACCAGCGUCUACUUCUGUGAGCUGCAGGAGAACCUGGAGAAGCUGCUGCAUGACGCUUACGAGCGCUCAGAGAGUCCGGAACUCACCUUCGUCAUCGAGCUGGUCAAAAAGCUCUUCAUCAUCAUAUCUCGCCCCGCCAGGCUCCUCGAGUGUUUGGAGUUCAACCCAGAGGAGUUUUACCAUUUGCUGGAGGCAGCAGAGGAUCACGCCAAGGAGGGACAACUGAUGAAGGCAGACAUCCCUCGGUACAUCAUCAGCCAAUUGGGGCUGACCAGAGACCCACUGGAGGAAAUCGUGAGCCUUGACAGCUAUGACAGUGAAGGUCCUCAUACUCCGGAGACUGAUGACUCAGCAGAGGGAAAAGGGAGAGCCAUCAAGCCACCGAGUGAAGAAGAUUUUCAGAGCAUCAAACUGAUCAGUAAUGGAGCUUAUGGUGCCGUCUACCUGGUGCGGCACAGAGAGACACGUCAGCGCUUUGCCAUGAAAAAGAUCAACAAGCAGAAUCUGAUCCUGAGGAACCAGAUCCAGCAGGCGUUUGUAGAGCGGGACAUCCUCACCUUCGCAGAGAACCCCUUCGUCGUCUCCAUGUUCUGCUCCUUUGAAACGCGGCGACACCUCUGCAUGGUCAUGGAGUAUGUUGAGGGUGGUGACUGUGCCACUUUGUUGAAGAACAUCGGGGCUCUGCCUGUGGAGCUGGCAAGGAUGUACUUUGCAGAGACUGUUUUAGCCCUGGAGUACCUGCACAACUAUGGUAUCGUCCAUAGAGACCUCAAACCUGACAAUCUCCUGAUCACCUCCAUGGGCCACAUCAAGCUCACAGACUUUGGCUUAUCGAAGAUGGGCCUGAUGAGCCUCACCACCAACCUGUAUGAGGGACACAUUGAGAAAGAUGCCAGAGAGUUCCUGGACAAGCAGGUUUGUGGUACUCCAGAGUACAUCGCUCCAGAGGUGAUUCUCCGUCAGGGCUACGGGAAGCCGGUGGAUUGGUGGGCCAUGGGCAUCAUCCUCUAUGAGUUCCUGGUGGGCUGUGUGCCUUUCUUUGGAGAUACUCCUGAGGAGCUGUUUGGACAGGUCAUCACAGACGAUAUAGUUUGGCCAGAUGGUGAUGAAGCCUUGCCUGCAGAUGCCCAGGCCCUCAUAUCUGCUCUGCUGCAGACAAAUCCUCUAGUGAGGCUGGGUACAGGUGGAGCGUUCGAGGUGAAGCAGCACUCGUUCUUCACCGAGCUGGACUGGAACAGUUUACUGAGGCAGAAGGCAGAGUUCAUCCCUCACCUGGAGUCAGAGGAGGACACCAGCUACUUCGAUACCCGUUCGGAUCGUUAUCACCACAUCAAUACGUACGACGAGGAUGACACCAACGACGACGAGCCGGUUGAGAUCAGACAGUUUUCCUCCUGCUCUCCUCGCUUCAGCAAGGUGUACAGCAGCAUGGAGCAUCUUUCUCAGCUGGAGCAGAAAGCUACGAGCUCCGUGUCCCGCCGAGAGCACAAGGGCCCGCGGGACGACAAGGUGACCAAGAGAGAGAGCCUGGGCAGCUUCAGCAUGAGGGACAAGAGCUGGAGGACUGGAUCACCUGAGAUGAAGCGCCUGUCUUGUUCAGAGUCCCUUUACAUGGAGGGAGACGCGAGCCCUCCCCUUGGUGCCCGGCGACGUUUCUCAGCACUGAUGGAUACGCAUCGUUUUGCCUCGCCCCUAGAGGGUGAGCCAGACUUCUUGUCCCGCCAGGCUCCCAUCAAGGUCCGCGGAACCUCGCUGGACGGGACCGGCGUCCCCUCACCAAGCCUCCUGGAGCAGAGGACCAGUCUCAAAGAGAUUAAUGGAGCAGAUAAGCCCCCUAGACCUGGAGAGACACCGGGCAUCACCACGGCCAUCACCACAUUAUCUCCAGGUCCCGCAGCGGCCAGUCGUGAUGUGAUGACGCCCCUGUACGACCCACUGGGGCCCCGGGCCACUAAUGACCUGGUCCUCCGCAGGGCGCGCCAUCCGCAUUUGUCUGGUGAUGGAGAGAAACGCAACUCCAGACCUGGCAACAAGGUCAUCAAGUCAGCCUCGGCCACAGCCCUGUCCGUCAUUAUACCAUCAGUGGAGCAGCAUGGCGGCUUCUCUCCCCUGGCCAGCCCCAUGUCCCCCCACUCUUUCUCUUCCAACCCCUCGUCCCGAGACUCCUCGCCCAGCAGAGACUUCUGCCCGGCAGUCAGCGUGCUACGCUCCCCCAUCACCAUCCAUCGCUCUGGAAAGAAGUACGGCUUCACCCUCAGGGCCAUCAGGGUCUACAUCGGAGACAGUGACAUCUACAGUGUGCAUCAUAUUGUCUGGCAUGUGGAAGAUGGCGGACCCGCCCAGGAGGCUGGCCUGUGUGCUGGUGACCUCAUCACUCACGUCAACGGGGAACCUGUCCACGGUCUGGUUCACACUGAAGUGGUAGAGCUUAUCCUAAAGAGUGGUAACAAGGUGACAGUGACAACUACACCUUUUGAGAACACCUCCAUUAAAGUGGGUCCCGCCCGGAAGGCCAGCUACAGGUGUAAGAUGGCCCGACGGAACAAGAGGACCAUGGGCAAGGACGGCCAGGACAGUAAGAAGCGUAGCUCCUUGUUUCGCAAGAUCACAAAACAGUCCAAUCUGCUGCACACCAGCCGCAGUCUGUCCUCUCUGAAUCGCUCUCUGUCCUCCAGUGAGAGUCUUCCUGGCUCCCCAACUCACAGCCUGUCUGCCCGGUCCCCGACUCAGGGCUACCGCUCCACCCCCGAGCCAUCAUACCUGGGUGCCUCCUCCCAGAGCAGCUCUCCGGCCUCCAGCACUCCAAACUCCCCUGCUCCCUCCCAGCACAUGAGGCCCAGCUCCCUGCACGGCCUCUCACCUAAACUCCACCGCCAGUAUCGCUCUGCCCGCUGUAAAUCUGCUGGUAACAUCCCUCUGUCCCCGCUGGCCCAUACACCCUCCCCUACCCAGUCCUCUCCUCCACCCUUGCCAGGCCACACUGUGGGGAGCUCCAACACCACCCAGUCCUUCCCUGCCAAGCUCCACUCGUCUCCACCGGUGGUCCGUCCGAGGCCCAAGAGCGCCGAGCCCCCCCGCUCGCCUCUUCUCAAACGGGUGCAGUCGGCAGAGAAGCUGGGCUCACCUCUGACCCAGUCCAGUUCUACGGGAGGGCUGGGGGGUCCGCUGAGGAAGCACAGCCUGGAAGUGCAGCACUCUGAGUACCGUAAGGAUGCCUUCCUCUGUGAGCUCGGGCUCCAGAGCCUUUUGGAAACAGAAGGGGAGAACUUGCCUCCUAAUCCUCCACCCCUGCCCUCGUCCUCGACUACGCCAGAGACCGGCGUGCUGAAGCCUGUGAGGAGACUUGGGAGGCAGGAGUCGCCACUUAGCAGGGAAACGCUCCUGGCCGGGAGGGAGAGGGAAGAGAGGGAGAGAGGAAGAGAGAGGGAGAAAGAGAGGGAGACAGAGACCGGGAUGAGUCGAGCUGGAGCAGCAGCAGCUUCCUUAACAAGAAAACCUCAUACAAGUGAGCUGCCCUUGAACUCACAGAGCUCCAGACUCAGUGCAGAAACCACUAAAGUUACAACUCCUAGCACCCCUACCAAACCAACAGGAAGUCUAUGUGGUCAAAAGGCACCUGAAAAGAUCCAUCAGAGUCAGGCAGACUUAACUCCAAAACAAUUAGAGCCCAAGGCAGCCAAAGGUGUGUUAUCUAAUGGUAGAGAUCCCCAGGAGCAGCAGCUAGGGGGCAGAACUGAACCAAAGCAGGAGGGAAACAACAGGAGUGGUCCCAGUAGGCCUGCUUUACCUGGUGCUGCCUUCCCUAAGAGCUCUGCUUCGACCCUAGAUAAGUCCAUCGGCAUCAGUGCGACGGUGACAACAGGUCCUAUGAGCAUGAACAAAACCUUUAAGCCAUCGGGUAUGGGGGACAGCCUGAGAAAGGCUGGAGCUGAGAGCAGUGACUCGAGGACUCCAGACCUCGGCUCCAAAAGCCCCAAACUCCCAGCUCGGGUCCUCGCUCCCGUCGUCCCCCCGCACGGGCAGCCGCUCUCACUGGGCAAGGUGAGGCAGGGACUUGGGGCCGUCAACUGCUACAGGGGAACCCUGGACUGGGAAGACAAAUGUCGCCUGGAGGUGGUGGAGGAGCAUUCGCCCUCCCCAUCUCCUUCCCCUACCGCCGUCACCCCCUCCCUGUGCGGGCCCUCCCUCUGUAAGUCACGGCCCGUCUCUCCCGGCGACAAGACAAGCUUCGUAAGCCAGCUGACCACUGUGGCCAAAAACGUCCUCGGGCCAAUCAAGCUCGGCUCCCAGGAGGGGGCCAAGAGCAAAGACCAGCAGACUAAGGCGGCGGAGGAGAAGCAGGGAGGCGCAGCGGGAAAGUCUGACACUCCCGCAGGAGGUCGAGUGGUUGUUGGGGCUGCAGUGGUGACCCAGAGUCCUGCCGGCUCACCACUAGAGAAGGCUGCGACAGGUAGCAGCCCACCGAAAAUGUGACCCCAUGGGGUCCCCAAGUGGGACUUUAGUACAAAAAAAAAAGAAAGAAAAAAAGAUGCCUUUUUUUUGGAAGAACAAUGCAACAGAAGUCAAGCACUUAAAAACAUUGUACAUUCCAGUUUCAGAGUAUAUAAAAUGUUAUUUAUUGAUUCCAAUCAUUGACUGAUUCUAACUUAAAACCAGGAGUGGAAAAAAAUCUUCUGCAAAGGUGCAUUAACUAUUGAUUUUCUAUUAUAAAUUAUUUAAUAAGAAGACUCUUAAUGUAAUGUGGAACACUUUAUCAGAUGUAUAUGUGUGUGGGUCUAUGUGAACGCAUGUCUUAUGGUAUGUACUGUACAUGUAUAAUAGGUACAAGAGGUCAAAAAGUGCUUUACCGAUCAAAACAUGCUGAAUACUGUGAAUACCAAAUCCAGUCACUCUAUUUUGUCUUUCAACCAGCCCUUUCUUCUGUUACUGCUUACCAAACAAGUUAAUGAAACAGGGGGAGGGGGGUGGUGAACUGAGGCACAGUGGAACUGUUAUAUUUUCAUCAAACAACAUGAAUGACGUGCAGCAUCAGUUUGGCUGCUGCGUGCAAGCAACACGAUGAUUAAGCUCAUUUCUUCUUCAUCCAGCAGUUUGCUUUCUCCUGAGUUGCGCCGUCAGACAAAGCCAAAGCAGGCACUCUGUCAGGGGAUGUCAUGUCAAGCACUGUCCGGCUCUGUCUGUCUGUCGCAGGGGAUUGUGUGUGUGUGUGUGUGUGUGUUAGGCUCGUGCUUGCGUGCAUGUGUGUAUGUGUGUGUGAAGCUACCUUGGGUCUAUUUCUGCUGGUUCUUGAAGGCUGUGUCCUGCUGCAGAGGAAAGCGGGGGUGACAGAGCUGAAGCUCAGCGCUUCUUAUCUCCCCCUCGCAGGAGGGCCACCACAGCCCUUUUCUCCCUCUGCCUCUGACUAUCAGCCGACACGCCUACGCAAAAAACACACACACAAACACGUCAAACACAGCACACGUUGCCACAGGAGGUAGCAGUGUCAGCAACUGAUUUUCCAUGCAUUUAAAUCCAUCCCCCUGUGGUCCAUGAACUGGGAUGUGAGUGUGUUCUGUGAGUGAGCGAGUGAGUUAAGAAGUGUGGGAGCAUGCGUGUGUCUUUUCUGGGGAUAAUUACACUCAGCGCGGUUGACUCAGCAAGGGUCGUGACCGAAACCAACCUGGACAUGAACAGACAGCAGUGAGGAUCCGUUAGCAGUCACAGGUUUUUACCGACAGGAAGAAAAUCACCUUCUACUUGAUUAACUAAUCACACUGGCACAGAAAAGAUUUAUUCUUUGAGGCAUAAGAAAAUAUAAUAAGCACAUAUACAGUGAACAGGAAAAGCAGGCAGUCAUGGAUGUAGCAUACCGUAAUUUAUUUGUUAAAGGGCUCAAUAGCUGAGGUAGGGUUUGUGGAUAUGGGCAUGGUAUAUCACAAUGAACCUGUUAUUCUAAAAACAAGGUUAUCUACAGUAUAAUCAGACUGACUGUGUUGUUAGGUACUACAAGCUAGGUAGUGAGGAUCGAUUAAUGUAAUGCUCACAUUUUGCUAUGUAACAUACUGACAAUGGUGUUUGAAUUAAUCUCAGCAGGAGCACAGAGAAGGGUAAAAUGUUCACAGGACAAAAACAACUUGUGUUCCUCUCCCACUGGUCUUAUUCACCUCCUUUAUUGUUCAUAUAUCAGUAACUAACCAGUGUACAUAAUCUUAUAUAACUCAUUUACAGCUGUGUGGGAGGACUGCUGUCACUACACGGCUUUGACAUGUUUUUAAAUUUCACUCUCCACCAGUGAUUUGAUUUGAAAUUUAUUAUGACUCUUCUCUAAGCUCUACAAAUGUAAACUGAUUCAGCCAGCAACAGCACAUGUAAACUUCACAACAAGGCAGAAGUUCAAAGACUUUAAUGUAUUUUCUAGUGGCAAAUUUGAGUUUCAAACGAAUGGUUCAGUCGGUUUCAACUUGCUAUAUCUUGAAGUUUGUUCUCCAGCUUUUGCUCUCAGCUGUUCAGGAUUGGGUAGUUAGUGUACAGUUGUACUGGAAGCAGCAGUGUCUUGGUUUUAAAACCAGAGCGAAGAGCUGGAAGUGGCUGAAAGCUAUGUAGGGCUGCAAAGUGGGAAGCUGAUUUUUGCGGUUUUGGCAGUAUAUGACCUUCUCACAUAACCAUUCAUUCAUUAAAACAACAUUGCUCGCUGCAUUUUUAAUGCAACAUAAACAGAUUUUAAUCGAUUUCAAUUUAUGAGAAGGAUUCUGUUUGCAGUCCAUCCAUGAAUCUAACAUUGUUUCAUGGUGUACCAGUGAUUUCAAACAACCCCAGUAAAAAGUCUCGUGCAUCACAUGAAUUACCCACUGAGGGUUUUUUUUUUUUUUUUUUGCAUGGUACUCUACUGCCCUCCAGUGGUUCAUAAUGUCCACUGUUGAACAUUAUUUCCAUAAAAUGUUUAUUUAAAAACAUUGGAGUGAGAGUUUCUUUAAUGGAACCAGGACCACUGAUUUACUGCAGAAUGGAUGUUAUUAGCCAUAGGGUUACUGAAUAUGCAUUUAUGUUUCUAAUGACAGAAUAUUUGCAUUAAUUAUCAGAUGAACACUUGAAACAUGAAUUUAUUCAUUUUCCUUUGUUGUGUUCUUCACGUGACUGUUAAUUAUAUCUUCUGGAAUAGGGAUUAACAUUUUUAAAUAUUCUGUCUUAUAUAUUCUACUGAUAGGAGGGAAUUAUUUUAUAUCUUGAUGUAACAAAGGCGACAUCAGGUCAGCUCUGAUCACCUGAUUAAGAAAACUAACUGUAAUGUAAUCUUAUACAGCUGUUAUGCCCACUUUCAGGCCUUUUCCCAAUCAAUGGUGUCUAUACCGGUGUUACAUGUUUGAGAAUUCCUUUUUUCUUUUUGUGAUUGACAGAGAGAGUAGUAGAAAUGCACUUUAUUUGAAAAAAAAAAAUCUUCAUUUGCUGGUAUUGUUUGUAAGUUACUUUGACAAAAAAGUAAAUAUAUUGUAUACAAAUAUGGAUUCUACAAAUGAACACAAAAAGUCCAAGUAUAAAAACAUUCCACGUUUCUCUGUUCACUGAAAAUGUAUUUAUUUGUACCAUUGGGGCAUUUUUGUUUGUGAUAGACGUGAUUCAAAUGCAGACACCUGAAGUGCAGUAUGUGGAAUAAAAUUCAGAGAUUUGUUCCAAA